AUGGGAACUCUUGCCCCAUCCUUCUCUCCAUUAGAGGACAGCAACGGUAUUCCCAACAGGGAUGGUGGCAGCACACCUCUCCCAGCACAACAAAACCAACAACACUCCGCAUGGACACCGCAGAGAGUACCAGAAACCCCAGCCAAGCAACGAAGAACCGUACAUGAGGCCCGUAAUGAAAUGCAAUUUACACAUAUCAGCAACCAUCACCGCCACACCUGGAGUGGUAAGAAAGAUCCUCGCAAAAGUGUGGCCUCUAGAAAGCGACCAUCCACUGAGCUCUCACAGUUCAGUGCACUGCAACUGGAUGACAGCAGAAGUUCUAUUUUGUUGCCUUCACAGGACCGCGGUGUGGAACAGUCACGUCGUGUGGGGGGAAAUCGCCUUAUGGGGCCACCGUCAGCCACUUCGCCCUCUGCGUUGUUUCCAUCGCAGCCUCAAUCUCCACAGGCGGAUUGGAUGCCGCGACGUGGGCAGAGCAAUUCCUUUAUUCAUCCUUCACCAGAGAGACUGGAGUACUCACAGGCAGAUACAGAGUACUCCAAUUUCUUUAAUCGACGUAUUUUAACAGAGUAUCGUGAAGUUAAAGAACUUGGAUGUGGUUCUUUUGGGAAGGUUACACUCUAUGAGGAAACGAGUACAGGAAAUUUGGUGGCGGUAAAAGUCUCUCCUCCAUUAACUAAUCAAGAACAGCGGCAACGAUUUGUACGGGAAAGAUUUAUAUUAAAUCUUGUUCGUGGAUUACCUCAUGUUGUGCAGUUAAUGGAAGCAUGGGAAGAAGGACGUACACCACAAAUGUAUUUACAACUGGAAUACUGUAAAGGUGGUUCUGUCGCUGAUUUGGCAGAACUUCGGCGACGUAGAGGUGAACGAUGGGAUGAACGUGAGAUUUAUGUUUUUCUUGCUCAUAUGGCACUCGCAUUGAAUGGACUACAUAGUAUCAAUAUUGCACAUGUAGAUUUUAAACCUGAUAAUGUGCUUAUAGACGAAAAUGGAAGCUACAAACUUUCAGAUUUUGGUUGUAGUGUUGUUUUAAAUGAAGAUGGAAGACCUCAACGAAAUUUUACAUCAAGCAGUCAAAGAUCAAACUAUGUGACGGAUAUGGCUGUCUUGAGUGUACCAACACAACUGAGUAUUGUAAGUGUAGAAGAAGGAGAUUGUCGCUAUCUCUGUUCUGAUAUGCUAAACCAAAAACAAUACCUUAAAGCAGGUGAUAUGUUUUCCUUUGGUAUAUCACUUUUUGAACUUAUGUCUGGAGAACCGCUUCCACAUCAUGGUGCACCUUUUCUAGAAUUACGGUCAAGUCCACCAGUUGAGAUGCUUGAACGCCGUGGUUACUCAAAGCCGUUGAUUAAUCUCGUCGCUGCUCUUAUGAACAAAGAACCCACUGCACGACCAACAGCAUAUGAUGUGCUUUGUUUCUUUCAACUUCCACUACAGGCCCCACAGCUGGUGGCGAAGUGGGCGGCGGUAGUGGGAAAUGAGAUGAACAGCAGUGAUCAUGAUAAGGAAGAAGAUGAAGAAGGAGAAGAAGAGGAAAAGGAACAGCGGGAAAAUAAGAAGGAGGUACUCUUGAAUAUGCGAUUUAUGCAUGCAGCCCUUGUAGUCUCAUCGCGAUUAGUUGAGAUGGCACGCCAAAGAAUAGAAGGGGGAAAACAAAAUACUACUGGUAAUAAUAAUAAUAAUAAUAAUAAUAAUAAUAAUAAUAAUAAUAAUAAUAAUAGUACCAGUGGUGGUGGUGUUCUUAGGCGUGCACGGAUUGAUGUUGAUGAGUCGUGUACACCGAAAACACAAAUGACCACCCGCGGAUUCGAUGGCAUUUGA